AUGCCGGCUGCGCGUUCAUUAAAAAGAGGCAAGAAGACGAAGGCCAAAGCUGAACAAGCAGCCCCGGCCAAGGUAGAAGAGACACCCGUAGACGACACUUCCAUACAAACCGACCAAGCAGGGCCUUCUACAUUAACGUCGAUAUCCCAACCGGCUGUCGAAGCAGUAGAAGCUGUAGAACAUGCUGUCGCUAGCGCGGUGGAGGUGGUGAAGGACAAGGUAGAGGAAGUGGUGGAAGCAGCUGAGGAGUUUGUUGAGAAGAUGACUGGGUUGGAGGAGACCAGUCGGAGUGCGAGCAAGUCUGGAGAGGAGACCCCUGCAGAGCCCAUGGAAGAGGAUAAGGAGGAGCCCCGUAAGGUGUCAAUGGAGGAACGAAAAGUCAAGCUCGCUGAGUUGCGCAAGAAGAUGGCUGCCUCAUCUAAGGCCAACCGUGGCGCGCUAGUGGAAGAAGCAUCAAAGGCCAAAAUCACUGCCCGAGACGCUGCCCGACUAGAGCGACAGAAGAAGUUGGCUGAAACACUCCGGCUGAAGGCUGAUGCUGAGGAGAGGGGCGAGGAUGUCGAGAGGCAAAAGAACUGGGAGUACACGAUAGAAGAGAACGACGAGUGGGAGAAGAAACUCGCCAGGAAGAAACGGAGAGCGGAUUUCGAAUUCCAUGAUGAUGCACAUGCUGCACGACGGCGGUACAAGAAGGAUUUAGACUUAAUCAAGCCUGACCUUGAAGCAUAUAACAAGCAGAAAGCUCUUGCUACAGGUACAGGAAUGCUGACUGGAUUCAAUGCCGCCGGCGAAUCUUCCGACAUGGACGUCAUCAGCCAGGAGCAGAAGUCUGCUGCAGAGAAUCUCUACCGAGACGCCAAUACCCUCAUCUACGGCGACAGCAAGCCCUCCGAGGAUGCUAUUGAUAGGGUGGUUAGCAAGAUCAAUAGAGACAUCGACAAGAAGGGCAAGUUCUCCAGGAAACGCCUCAACGAAGUGGAGGGCGAUAUCACAUAUAUCAACGAGCAAAACCGCGUUUUCAAUAAGAAGAUUGCUCGUUAUUACGACAAAUAUACAUCAGAAAUUCGGGCCAGCUUUGAGCGUGGCACUGCUCUAUAA